AAUGUGUUUUUUGUUGUUCAAUAAUUAUAUCUUUGUUUAGGUUAAUGAGUUUAAUUAUAUAAAGUUUAAUUUAAUAAUUUAAAGUUUAUUUAGUGAUUAUUAUUAUACAGAAUAUUUGUUGACAAUUAUGGACACUCAUAAUGAGCUUAAAAUAAAUGUCAACGAAGACGACGACGAGAAUAUAAUUUAUAAGUCGACGACCACUUCAAGUGAGUAUAUUAAAGGAAAAGGACUCAAGAAAUAUAGACAUGAAUUUCAACAUUUACUACCAUUUAAUAGAAAAAAGCGUAGAGAUGAAAAGGAUAUGCCAGUGGACAGUGCCUCUUGUUUUUCAUUUGUCUUCUUUGAAUGGAUGACACCAAUAGUAUGGCAAUCCUUCAGAAGUGGUAUCAAAUCCAAUGAUAUAUACGAAUGUUCUCCUCUGGACUCGAGUCGUAUCAAUAGCUUUAGGAUGUCUAAUAUAUGGGAGAGUGAGUGUCGAAAACAUGGUUUACAUAACGCCUCUCUUCAGAAAGUUAUUCAACGAUUUAUCAAAACUCGUCUUUUAUUUUCUUCACUUUUUUAUCUGAUUUGCCUUUUAUUGGGUUAUUUAAGUUCUACAUUAUUUCUUAAGAAAUUAUUGGAUUCAAUAGAGAAUGAGUCUGAAAGUGGUUCGCAAGCAAUCAAAUGGACGAUUGCAUUGUUUGUAUCAGAGUUGGGAAGAGCCACUUCUUUUGCUAUUAUGUAUGCCAUAUGUAUUCGGACAGCCAUUAGAACUACCAGUGCUUUAAAUACACUUUUAUAUAACAAAAUAUUAACCUCUCGAUCGACUAACAAAACAAUUGGAGAAAUGGUUAAUUUAUUUGCAGUGGAUAUCAAUAAGAUAUUUCACAUGAUUUAUAUACUGCCACUUGUUUUGGGAGGUCCUAUAGUUACAAUUGUUACUAUAGUAUACACCUGGUCUUUAUUAGGAGUGUUUGCAAUGGUCGGAGUUCUGGUUUUUAUAUUGAUAUUUGGAUUACAAUUUUUGAUAGCAAAAGGACAAAGUUAUUAUCGGAAAAGAGUUGUCAUUAAUAGCGAUAAACGUGUCUCUUAUAUGACUGAAUUGUUAACUUACAUAAAACUAAUUAAAUUGUAUGGUUGGGAAAAAACAUUUAGUCAAUCAAUUUUAGAGUUUCGAAAAAAAGAAAAAUUAUUACUAGAAAAGUGUCAAUACUUGCAAACUAUUAGCACUUCUUUAUCAUUGAUGACACCAUUGGUUAUAACUGUUGUGACAAUUGUUGCGUACACUCUAUCAAAAGAGGGUGAUCUAACAGCUGCUACUGCAUUUACUUUAGUAAUGGUUAACUAUGUGGCCGCACACGGGAUCCGAUCACUUCCAAUAUAUCUUAAAGAUAUUGUAAACGGAAGGAUAGCUAUGAAUCGCAUUGAAAAAGUUCUUCAAUACGACGAUAAAGACAACUAUAUUAGACUAACGACUUCUACUGAUAAUUCAGUUGAAUUCAAUGGCGCCACUCUUGCGUGGGAUAGAUAUUGUCCAUCCGCUAAAAUGAAUGUCUUAAAUAGUGAACAAAUGUCAUCAAAUGAGAUCAGUAUAGUUCAGAGGUCGAGUACACUGACAGCUACCUGUCUUUUUGAUCUUAAUUUUGAAAUCCCUAACGGAAAACAUAUUGGUAUUAUUGGAAGUGUUGGUUCAGGAAAGACAGCUUUAUUGCACUCAGUUUUAGGACAAAUGAGACUAAUAUCAGGAAAAGUUGGAGUAAGAGGUUCAGUGGCUUAUGUACCACAAGAUUCGUGGAUUUUGAACGCAACAGUUCGUCAAAACAUUACAUUUGGCAAUAAUUUUGAUUCAAAACGCUAUUAUGAAGCCGUCAAAUGUUGUGCACUCACUCAUGACAUUUCAUCGCUGGUCGCUGAAGACCAAACAGAAAUUGGUGAGCGAGGAGUGACUCUUUCAGGCGGUCAGAAACAAAGAAUUAGCUUAGCUCGAGCCUACUUUGCAGACAAAGAUAUUUACUUAUUGGACGAUCCGUUAUCUUCAGUUGACCGCAAUGUUGCUCAACAUAUAUUUAGUCAAUGCAUUAGAAAUGGUCUAAAAGACAAAACAGUAUUAAUUGUGACUCAACAGACAUAUUGCUUAGAGUACACGGAUUUUGUUGUUUUCCUCAAAGAAGGAAGAGUUGUCAACAUUGGAGUUCAUAACCACUUAUAUAAUAGCGAUUAUGAAUACAAACAAUUAAUAGACUCGUCAGAAAUGAGUUCAUUAAACAAAGAAAUUGAAAUUAUUGAACAAAAAGAGACUGAUCUGGACAUCGAUGGUAAUGAUAUACGUUUUUCAUCUCCCGAUUGGUCAGAUGUAAAGCCUCUUUCAUUGAGCGAAAAUAGUAGUGAAAGUUCUGUAUCGCAGACCAAUGAUAUCGAUUCUACUGAAACACUAAACUCCGGUCGUUUAAUAAUAGAUGAAACCAUAGGUUCGGGAAAUAUAUCAUUAGAAACAUAUAAGGGUUAUAUAACAGCCGGUGGAGGAAUGGUUAUCGUCUCGUUUGUCAUCGUUUGGCUUACUUUUCAAGCUAUUGCUUCUUCAUUUGCCAACUGGUGGUUAGGUUAUUGGAUAUCACAGGGAAGUGGAAAUACUACAUCAAUAAUGAAUGGCACCGGAGGUCAUGAAAUAAUUAUAGAUAAUCCUAAUUUGAAAUUUUAUCAAACAAUUUAUGGUCUCACUAUUGUCAUUAUAUUAUGUGUGACUUUAACGUUGGGAUAUAUGUUUACAAAAGUAACUUUGAGUGCUUCAAAUGUAUUGCAUAAUCAAUUAUUUAACAAGGUACUUAGAAGUACCAUGUCAGUUUUUGAUACCGUUCCCAUCGGACGUAUACUAAACACAUUUACCCGAGACAUGGAUGAAGUGGACACUCAAGUGCCGCAAGCGUUGGACGGCUUUUUGCAGCGUUUAAUGAUAGUUGUGUGCAAUCUUUUCAUUAUAAUUAUGGUCUAUCCCUGGUUUCUCAUAGCAUUUACAGUACUGAUUGGCUUAUUUUGGUUAAUCCAUAUCAUGUUUAGAGGAGCAAUGCGUGAUCUGAAACGCGUGGAAAAUACCCGUCGAUCUCCUAUAUAUAGUCACAUCACCACUACAUUUGAAGGCUUGUCGACAAUCAAAGCUUAUAACAAACAAAAACAAUUUAUUAAUAAAUUCAAUCAACUCAUUGACAAUCAUUCUGCUCCUAAUUUUCUAUAUUACUGUUCAAUGAGAUGGCUGUCCACUCGUAUGGAUAUCUUGUGUGUCUUUAUUUCACUAUUUGCCGCCUUAUUUGCCAUUAAUGGUAAGGGAAGUGUUGGAUCAGCAUUUGCUGGUUUAGCACUUGUCUUAUCAAUGCAGUUGAGCGGUUUAUUGCAAUUUGUUAUCCGUUUGGGUGUCGACGUUGAGACCAGAUUUACAUCAGUAGAGCGAAUCCAUAUGUAUAUACAAACAUUGAAAACUGAAAAAGAUGUCUCUUUAGAAAGCGGUGAAUCAGUUGCCACUGAUUGGCCAACAAGAGGAAGAAUAAGCUUUAGAAACGUAACGAUGCGCUACAGACCGGGUCUUAAAUUGGUUUUAAAAGAUAUUACAUUUGAUAUCAGUCCACAAGAAAAAAUAGGUAUUGUUGGCCGAACCGGUGCUGGAAAGUCGUCUAUUGCUUCCGUAUUGUUUAGAUUAGUUGAACCCACUUCUGGUGUUAUUAAUAUUGAUGGCAUUGACAUAUCAUCCAUACCAUUAAAUAUACUCAGAUCUCGUAUAUCAAUCAUACCUCAAGAUCCCAUUCUUUUUCGUGGAUCUAUACGUAAAAACUUGGAUCCAUUUAAUGAAUUUAAUACUUUAGCUAUUAUGGAAGCGCUUGAAAGCGUUAAUUUAAGUCAAAAAAUUAAUAAUUUAAAGAAUGGCAUCAAUUCGUCUGUCAAUGAAAGUGGCGCCAGUUUUUCGGCCGGAGAGAGACAACUACUUUGUAUGACCAGAGCUUUGCUUAGGAAAAGUAAAAUCAUUUUUCUUGACGAAGCUAUGGCUCAUAUGGACGGAGAAACGCAACAAAUCAUUCAAAAUACUAUAACUCAAACAUUUAAAGAUUGCACUGUCAUUAUGAUUGCACACCGAUUGGCAACUGUUCAACACUGCCAUCGGGUUAUGGUUUUGAGUGAUGGAAAGAUCGUCGAGUUUGACAAUCCGUCUAUUUUAGCCGCAAAUACUGAUUCAUAUUACUCUAAAAUGAUUCAUCAAAACUAAAAAAUUUAUAUGUUUUUCACCAAAUUUAUUAUAAAUGCAAUACUAUUUGGUAUUUGUAAUGAGUUAUCUUUUAUAAUGUUAAAUAUUAACAUUUAAUAAACAAAAUAUGUAUUUUUCAGGGUUGCGUAAAGGGGUAAGCCGGUUUACCCCUGAGAUUACAUUUUUUUGGAACUUAACCCCCCUGGUCUAAAAACCAAAAAGUUAUGAGGAUUUGUAAAAAUAAAUACUAAUAGUUUAAUAAAAUAUUUUGAGAAUAUUAAAGAAUUAAGUUUGCAAUAUUUCCUUUUAUUUGGUGAAUUUAUAGGGAAUUUACUUAAAUUUGGCAAAAAAUUGUCGUUUAAAAAUGCAAUAAAAAAUUGUUGACCCACCCUAUACCCCCUGAAAUAGAAAACCUAUCGCAAC